CAAAAGUUGAGAAGAGGCAACUCCCAAGAAACUUCCUCCCUCCUCUCAAAAACCCUAAUCUUUGCACAAUCAAAACAAAAAGAUAUCAAAAGAACAUGGUGAAAUGAGAGCUUAAAGCCUCUCUCUUCUUGCCUUUGCCUUUCUCUCAAAUGAGUAUCAUCUCUAUGCCCCUAAUACCCAUCCUUCAACCCUUUAUGUAAAGACCCAACAACAAAACAUCACAAAUUCAUACCCCUUAUGGCUCACUCUUCCCUUCCAAUCUUCUUAGAUCCACCAAAUUGGCAACAGCCACCUGCAACAAAUGAUAAUCAUCCAGACCCACGUCAACUUCCGGCGUUCUUACCACCGCCGCCGCCGCCGCCGCAGUCUACGGCAGCUCAAGGAGGCGGAAUUCGGCCGGGUUCUAUGGCGUAUAGGGCGCGGUUGGCGAUGUUACCGCAGCCGGAGGCACUGAAAUGCCCUCGUUGUGAUUCUACAAACACUAAAUUUUGCUAUUUCAAUAAUUACAGCCUUUCUCAGCCGCGCCACUUCUGUAAAGCCUGCCGCCGGUACUGGACCCGCGGCGGCGCUCUUAGAAAUGUCCCCGUCGGUGGAGGGUUUCGUAAGAACAAGAAGAAGAAGAAAUCUAACCCUCCUAAGUCCCCCACUGCCUCUCAACCUGAAAUGGGUAAUUCGAGACCAAUAAUGUCAAGGAGCUGCAACAUUGAGAGCAGCAGUACAAUGAGUCAUUUCCCACCUUCAUUUCCAUCUCUCCACCACCAUAUUUCCCGUUUUGGAGCUGCUGCAAACAGCUCAGCCGUGAACUUCGCCGGAAUUCACAUGAAUUCCGGCAGGGAAAUGGAGCAAUGGCAGCGAUCUCAACAACAGCAGCCAUUCUUCGUCGCCGGACUGGAACCUCCGGCCGCCACCGCCACCGUAUUCCCACAAAACUUCCAAACAGAAGGCAACAACAACUUCGGCGGUAACCAACUAUCACAAUCUGGUGGUUUACAGUAUAACUGUCAUCAACAGCUUCAGAAUGUGACACCCUUUUCGAGGAUUCCGAUGAAAAAUGAAGAACAAGGAAUAUUAUCGAACUUGUUACGACAAGAUCAAAACGGGGAGUUUUGGGGAGGUGACCAUCAAAAUUCAUGGACGGAUUUGUCGGCGCUUAGCUCUUCUUCAAGCAGCCAUCUUUUGUAAGAAUUUUUAAUGUAA